GCACUGCCUCUGGAUGGCCUUUUCCGGAUCCUCACCCCCAGCUCAAGUCAGUUUCUAGAGAUCGAACCUUUCCCUUUCUCUACGCCUUUUUGAGAAAUGGCGUUUGGGACUAUCCCGGCGCAGAAGGAAGAAGCGUGAGGUCCCCCGAGUGGUUCCACAUCACCCCAGCACGUCAAAAGGCGGGGCCGGAGAAGGCGCAGGUUCUGCGCGCGCGCAGAGCGACCCACGUGGAGCUGGCGCAGAGGCCACCAUUCUGAAGCCAGGAGGCGCUGAUGCACAGAGCACGUACCUGAUUUUCCAAAUGGCCGCAGCCCCGCAAGCCCCGGGGAGGGGCUCUGUGCGGAAGACGAGACCUCCGCCUGUGAAGACCUCCUUGAACAACCCGUACACCACCUGCUGGGGCACCCUGGGGCAAGAGGACAUGCACUUCAUACUGCAGACGCUGGAGGACAGGUUUAAAUCCCUCGGGCUUCGGAAGGUGGAGGACAGGAAGAGGAAGAAAAAGCAGCCCUCUUUAGGGAAAGAGAGUGGAGACACAUGUGGCAUGGCUGCGGACGCCGGCCAGGAUCUGGAGGAGAAAAGGUCUGAAGGUGAUGCCCAGGCGUCAGGGUGGACCCCUGCGCACGUGCGGAAGCAGCUGGCCAUCGGCGUCAACGAAGUCACCAGAGCGCUGGAGAGGAACGAGCUGCUCUUAGUGCUGGCCUGUAAGUCGGCCAAGCCUGCCAUGGUCACUGCACACCUGGUGCAGCUGAGCGCCAGCAGAGGCGUCCCUGCCGGCCAGGUGCCCCGGCUCAGCGAGAGGAUCGCACCUGUCGUGGGCCUAAAAUGCAUCUUGGCCCUGGGCUUCAGGAAAAACACCACUGCCUUUGCAGAUGAAGUGAGCACCAUCAUCCCCAGGGUCCCCCCUCUGAAUGUUCCAUGGCUCGGGGACCUCCAGGACACACCUGAAGACCCCCAGGAGAACUCAGAGACCAAGUCUCUGGAGAGCCGAGACAAGGAGAUUUCAGAAACUUCCUUUGAAGACCUCUCUAAACCCAAAAGGAAGCUUGCUGAAGGUCAGCAGGCUGUAGUGUUACAACCCCUGAAAAUAAAGAAACUGAUUCCAAACCCCAAUAAGAUAAGGAAACCACCCAAAAGUAAAAAAAUGGCUUCAAAGUAAUCUUGUAUAAACCUGUCACUUCAUACAGUGGUAAAACGAUACCUCGUCAAGAAGCCUCGAGGAGUUCCCUGGUGGCUCAGUGGGUUAAGGACUUGGUGGUGUCACUGCGGUGGCUCUGGUCACUGCUGUUGUGUGGGUUCAAUCCCUGACCCGGGAUCUUCCACAUGUGCUGGGUGUGGCCAAAAAAAAAAGCAUUGAAAUGAAUAAAAUGAGUUACUUUUCCAUAUG